GCGAGCGUUUCCAUGGUGACGAAUGCAAACGUCCACAAACGUUAGUCAACGCAACAGACUUCUGAGCGAAAUUUUCGGGACAAACUACUUUAAUAUACAGAGAAAACAAGAACUACUUUCAUAUACAGAGAAAAGAAGAACUGAUCUGUUUUAUUUUGCGAUGUCUUUUGUUGAAGCCAAGGAACCGACGGAAGAUCAAAAGCUGAAGACACCCCAGAUGGAAAAUGGGGAUGCCGAAAAAACUUUUCCCACCAUAGAGGUUGUUGAUGCCAUGAAGAGGGAUGCAGCUGAAGAAAUCAAUGAAAAUGACAAAAACCUACAAACACAUUUAGGUCCACGGAUGACAAAGGCAUUUCUGAGAAACCAUUGUAAGCAGUGCAAACUUUACUUAACACCUUGCUUGAAUGACACACUGUACCUGCAUUUCAAAGGUUUCUCCAUCAUUGAGAACUUAGAGGAGUACACAGGAUUAAAGUGUCUCUGGCUGGAAAGCAAUGGACUUGGUCGUGUUGAGAACCUGGACACCCAGAGUGAUCUGCGCUGCUUGUUCCUGCAGCAGAACCUCAUACGCAAGCUGGAGAACCUUGAACCCUUGAAAAAGCUCUGCACCCUGAAUGUCUCCAACAACUACAUACAUGUCAUAGAAAACAUCUCCUGCCUGCCUGACCUAAGCACUCUACACAUUGCCCACAACAAGCUGGAGUGUGUGGGGGACAUAGAGCAUCUGAGGGACUGUCACGCUAUUAGUGUGCUGGACUUGUCUCACAAUUUGUUACAUGACCCUGAGAUCCUUCUCGUACUUGAAGCAAUGCCAGAUCUGCGAGUGCUUAAUCUGAUGGGAAAUGAGGUGCUGAAAAAAAUCCCAAACUACAGGAAGACCAUGAUAGUGCGCCUCAAGCAGCUCACCUUCCUUGAUGAUCGUCCAGUGUUUCCCAAAGACAGGGCAUGUGCAGAGGCAUGGGAAGCUGGAGGGCUGGAUGGGGAGCGUAAAGAGAGGGAGCAAUGGGAAACACGAGAGAGGAGGAAAGUUCAGGACAGCUUGGACAGCAUGGCAAAGAUGCGAAAGGAUGCCCGGAGGAGACAACGCCUCAGAGAGCUACUGGAAAAAGGGGCAACUGAUACUUCUACCAAUCUGGAGACUCCAUGUGAGGGGAUGGAAACCCAGAAUGUGACUUCACGAGAAGAGAAGAUUGAAGCCUUUGUGCAGGACAGCCUGGACGCCCAUGAAGAGUUCUUGCAGAAUCAAUCAAGAGAGGGGUCCUUUGAAAAUCAGCCGGGCAGUGAGAAUACAGAAGUAGAGCCAUCAGGUCAAGUGUUUCAGGAGAAGUCAGAGGAAGACGGCCAUGAUAAAACAACUGUAAUGCAGCCUGUGGAAGAAACCGCAGAAGAGGUGAACCCAGAGCAUUCAGAAGAAGAGCAGGAGAGAAUCUCUGAAAAGGUGUUAGACAAAGAUGAGGAAGAUGACAAACAACAAAAACAGUCAUGUGGAAUCCUGUUUGAGAGAAAUGAAGAGGCAAGAGAGGCAGCAAACAUGACACAGCAGUUUGAAAAGAAACAGCCCUCUCUUGUUAGAGUAGCUCCUCCUAAACCAGAUGAUGUUGCACCGCUGUGUAGUCCUGGACCUCUGACUACAGAGCUGGAAGACCCAGAGCAGCUUGAAACCAUUCACCUUACCUUGCAUCGCUCACUGUGUAUUGAUGACCUGCCUGAUCUGGAAGAUGUGGACACCGAAGACUUCACAGAGGUAGUUUUUUCACAGCAAGAAUUCAAACCAAUAAUAGAGGUCAUAACAGGAGGCGAGGAUGAGGAGGAUGAACCAACUGGGAACCAGAGUGAGAGCAUCUGCGCAUUUGGGGAGUAUGAAAGCCUGUUUUUAACGAGUGGACGGGACAGAUCAACAGAGGUGUGUCACAGCUCUUCAUCACUGGUGUAUCCAGAGGAUGAGUAUGCCUUUGAGCCGCUGAUGUGUGGACCAGCAGAGCAGCCCAAAGUAGAUGGAACCUCUCCUCCACCAAGCCGUCUGAUAGAAGAGCUGGACUGAAACACUGAAAGAUGGAAGCAUUUUCUCACUAAUUAAAGUGAUGAACUUUGGUUCCACAGGUAUAACUGAAUACAAUUAAUGCUAAUGAGCAAUACAUGUACUGUGUCAGACCAAGAAAUGCUUAGUCAGGGUGCAGCUUUAAUAACAAAAUGAACAUUAAACUGUUAAAAAUGUUGAAAGGUUAGACUUUUUUAAAAAAAGUCUUGAUUGUUAAUAUAAGUUUUAAAAAUUGCACACGAUCCUGAUCGAUUUGCUUUUGUUUUCCGUUUAUGUCAAUCAUUAAAAUUUAAGAUUCAUUUUAAUGGCACAGAUCUUAGUGACUAUACAUUGCUUUAUGUUUUUUUAAGUUAUGUUUUUUGGCAUUUUUUUUUGAUAGGACAGCUGUAGAGAGACAGGAAAUACGGGGAGUAGAGAGUGGGGGAAGACAUGCAGCAAAUGGUCUCGGAUGGGAGUCGAACUGGCAACCUCUGUAACGAGGACUACAGCCUCUGUAUGUGGGGUGCUUAGACUACUAGGUCACCAGGACUCCAUAUGUUGCAAAUCUUCACUCACUUUAAUUUUGGGUGCAAACAAAGAAUAUAAUUGGCAAAUGUAAAUGAUAGUGAUGUAAGUGUUUCAUUAAAGUUAAUAAAAACACAAGACAACGUG